AUGCAGAGCGCACGGCAUUGGCGCAACUCGACGAACUAUGGCAGGAGUUUGAGAGAUGAUACGAGCUUGGACGAGGGUGGCCUGGCAUUGGAGAGUGAGGAUGGCGAGGAUGAGCAGCGGAGAGGCCCGUUCGCUCGCCGAGACAGCGAGCUCACGGAUUUGCCGAGUGAAGAACACAGCUUCUUGAACGAUGAACAUGAAUCUGCCAGUUUCAUGCAGAAGAGCGACGCGCCAAUGCACAGCGACGAGGGCCACAGCUUCGAUGAGCGUGAGAUGAAUCGCCAUUUCCAGGACGUGGAAUCGAGCUUUGUCCCGGAUGCUACGCAUGCUGCUGCACAGGAUGAAGAGCGCGUAGGAGCGGACGACACGUUGAUGGAGAUUGCGAAGCCGGCGCAGAGUAUGCAGGGUCAUCAGCUGGAGCAGGUGGAUGAGGAGGAGGACAGUGAGCUGGACACGCCGGCGGAUGCUUACCAGACCGCUGCGGCAGCAAGAUUCCAAAGCCACGAUGGGUACAAUGCGAAAUCGCAUGAGUCCAGUCCAUCCUCGCCAGCGGAAGCUGCUGCUCAGAGGACUCAUGCUAGGACUGGUUCCACAAUGACUGCCGUCAGAGCUGGGCACAGCCGUCCGGGCUCUGGUACACAACAGGGACAAGAUAUGUCCAGCCCUCGCUCAGGCACUCCCUCGUCUUCGAAACGGCCAGCGUCCAAGACUUCUACAGUUCGAGGAGCCGCGUCACCUUCAGAAUUUGGUCAAUCGCAAGCACGAAACGUUGCGCUGCCACCGUCAGAAUCUUCGUUUCUGUCUAGUCCAAACGGCGACAAACCUUCCCGUCUUAGUUCACGACCUUUGUAUCGUUCGAAUCGUCAAGUAAGCUACAACUCUGUGACGUCCAACACCACUGGACUCUCGGACCUGUCCGACGGGACGUUCAAUGUGGACUUUGCCCUGCAGACGGGUGGUUCAGUGUCGCAAAGGAAUACAAAUGGGAAUCCUCGCGCAAACAUCCUCAUGUCUCGAUUGCCUAGCGUGGGCAGUGCCGGUACCUUUUCAACUGACGAGCAGUCCUCUUUCCAGCAAGACGUCAGCAGUAACUCAUUGCUCGCUUCCCGCGCUGGGAGCCGAUUUGAUGGCGCCGCCGACGACGAUCGACCGGAGACCCCUCGAGGUGCCACUUCUCGCUUCACUGCGCCGACUGACACUGUUAUCGCGCAACAUGUCCAGAGUAUACAAGUACCCGAAACGAUUGCUAGGGACUUUCGUCUGAGGAAUCGUUCAUACUCGCCAGACAAGCGACCUGCUUCGUCCGGUGGACUUGGUGCAAGUUCGUUUCAGGAUCGUCCACGUAGGACUCUGACGCUCAAGGAACAGAAUAGCAAGAUUGACAAGCUGACCAAGGAAAAUUUUGACCUGAAGCUCAAGAUCCACUUCCUCGAUCAGGCAUUGCAGAACCGGUCUGACGAUGGUGUGAGGGAGCUUAUAGAGAAGAAUGUACAGUUCCAGACUGAUCUUGCAAAUGAACGCAAGGAGUCGCAGAGCCUCCGUCGGAAGAUGCGCGAGAUGGAGCGGAAGAUCAAAGAGCAAGAGGACGAGCUCGCCGAGGCUAUGCAGCAGAAAAAGACCGUCAAGGAGGUUGACGAGGAAGAUGAUCCUACCCUACAGGCUGAGAUGCAUGAAGAGAUCCUCUAUCUACGACAACAGCUUGAUCACUCCGAGAAUGUCGUGACAAAUCUUCGCGAUGAGGUCAUGACAAAGGAGUUUGAGAAGCGUAAAAUGGCUGAGCACAUGCGCGGCAUGGCUGGAAAGCGGGGAGAGGAGUCGACAGGCAUGAAGGAGACAAUGGACAUGUGGCAGGACUUGCUCAACGCCGAGACUGGACGGAGGGAGCAGGCUGAAGAGGAUCYCAGCAAGCUGAGGGAUGAGCUCAAUGCUCUGCGCCUUGAACGGCCCUCUCCGGUCGUCAAUCGCGACAAGUCUGACAGGCGAAGAAGCCGGGUGGACAACGACGAUGCUGAAGAUGAUCUCGUCAAUGGUGCUCUUUCGGACUCCAACGCUGCAGUGGAGCAGUUGAAGCAUGAGAAUGCCGAACUGAGGCGUGAUUUGGGCGCCCAAACAAGCAUGCUGACAUCGCGGAACCGUGAAAGAGAACGGCUGCAGCAAGAGAUUGAAGACCUGAAGCUUCUGCAACGCAAGGGCGACGGUGCAAGAUCUUUGGCGGGUGAGAGCAUCUUUGAUCGAUCUGUCUCUCGCGCCCAUCAACGUUCAGAAUCCCGAGCCACUGAGAAUACUGCUGAAGCCGAACGAGAGGAAUGGGACAAGAAGGAAGGCCAACUGAGAGAUCAGAAUGCUGAGCUGCGCAUCAAGUUCCAGGAACUGGAGCGUACUCACGGCACUCAUCUUCAAUACGUAUCAGCCCUCGAGGGCGACUUCCAGGAGAUGGAGACGGAACUCAACGAGUGCCAUGAGGACCUCAUCAAACUGCAGACGGAGCGCGAUGAUAUGCUGCAGGCAUGCGAGGAGAAGGACCAAGAAUACGCUCAGCUCAAGGAAGAGGCUCUUAAUGAAAUCCAGGCUCUGGACGAAGAGAAGAAAGUCCUUGAAGCAGAUCUGCAGGACGCUGAGAACAAGCUUCAGAAGACUCAGUCCAAGCUUCAAAACACUACUGAUGGGUACAAGGGCUUGCAGGGUGAGCUGAGAGAGAUCACCCAGAGUGUCAUGAAUCUGGAAGACGAGAAGCAGGCGAAUAUGCGCACGAUCCAGACACUUGAGCAGCAGAUCUCCGAGGCGGAAGAUGAGAUCCAGAAGUGGGAGCACAAAUGCAACGAGCUCGAUCAGAAGAAUAGGAAGCUAGAAAUCACUCAAGAGAGCUUGCACUCGGAAAUCACAUUCCUUCGUGAGGAGCAAGAGGGUGACAAGAUCAAGAUCGGCGAAUUGGAAGAUUCUCUCAAUGCUGCUCAGCAGACAAUCCAGGACGAGCAGGACAGGCUGCGUGAGGUUGAGGAAAGUGUCCUGGAAGAGCGACAACAGCGAGACGUGCUGGAGAACAAAUCGAAAGAGGAUGUUCAGAAGGUUCUUGACGAUCUCAAUGCGGAGAGCUCUAAAUCCAAGGACGAGGUACGCCGACUACGCCGGGCGCUAUCGGCCAAGGAAGUCGAUGCCAGCAGUUGGAAGUCGCGGUUGGAUGAUCUCGAGCAGAGUCUCAGAAGCAUUCUUGGCGAUCCUGACGGUACCAAGCAGAGUCUCCUCGCUGAGAUUGAGAAGCUGCAGCGUGAUUUGGAGUCUACUGCGGGUGCUCUUGACAGAGCUAAGAUGGACCUUUCUGACAAGGAUCGUCUGCUGCGGCAUCGUGAUGGUCUUCUGGAGAGCACUAGCCUCGAGAGUCGCCGGUUGUCAGACUUGCUCGAGAAGGAACGCUCUUCACGAAAGCACGACUUGGAGCAGUAUGAAAAAUCUGCUCGCGGCCAAGCUACCCAUAUGCGAACACUUGCUCAACAGGAGACUCGCGUGCUCGAGCUUGAGACUGCCUACAGCACAGACAAGCGCAAGAUGGCGAAUUUGGAACGCGAGUAUCGCGAACAACUGGAAGCGCGAAACAAUCUCCUGUUUGCGCUUUGGAACCGACUUUCCACACUUUGCGGGACGGAUUGGGCACAGAAUCACAGUCUUAUCAAUGGAGAGAAUCCCUCUGUUGAGAGUAUCAGCAAGCACCUCCGGGAAUUCAACAACAACAUCAUCUCGGCUGUCAAGACUAUUGAAGCACUUCUGUAUAGCUUCAAAGGGCGCAUUCGAAACAUUGAGAAGGAUCUGUUGAAGGACUAUCAAACUCUCGAGCACAAUCUUGAGCUCCGCGUCAAGAGAAUGGACUACCUGGAGCGAGCUGUUGACGAGGCCCAGCAAGCCUUUGCAGAAGAAGCCGCACGCCGCUUUCAAGCGGAACGCAAUGCUUUGGAACGAGGAGGCAACACCCCCAAAGCAAUUAAGCAUACUGAGGAGCUGAAGAUGUUGAAGACCGAAAUCAAGACCCUCAGAGCAGAGCUCAAAUUUCAUCGCCAACACCCCAGCCCCCUGGCUCAGCAAAAGCUUAACCAGCAUGUCCAAACCGGCGGCGGCGCGGGUUUCGACGUCAAUCUGCAUCGAUCCAUUUCCACCAGUGGUGGUGAUUCCAAAUCUCAGCAUAGUCCCAAUAGGGGCAUGAUGGCUCAACUCCUCCAUCGCGCGAAUACUUCCAGCUCAUCGGUAGAGCAUGUCCGGCACUUCUCCGCCGAUCAUGCACUCGGGCAGCAACAGCAAGCCCAACCAAUUGUCCUCGCACAACCACCCCCGCAACCUAGUGAGCAGAGAUGGGUGCAUCGGUUGAAGGAGUUGGAGAGGAGAUUGAAAGCUGAGCGGGAGGCGAGGUUGUUGGAUCGCAAGGGUGCGAGGCAGAGGUUGGAGGAAGGAAGGGCGGAGAAUGAGCAGUUGAGGGGCAUGUUGGAACGGGAGAAGGGGAGGAAGGAGUUUGUUGAUGGGAGUCCGAGUGAAAGUGGAGCGGGGAGUGAGGGGAGAAGUUUGGAUUAG